AUGGCAGCGGCGGCGGCUACGUCGGAUUAUCCAGUGCAGGCUGAAAAGCUUAGCUGCAUAUUACCCGGUCCGGAACUAUUGGCAUUGCCCAAUUUCGAUUAUCAACGCGCGAGCAUAACUUCGGCAGCUCUUAGUGAUGUGCCCAGUGAUGUGAUUAUCAAAUCGCGUAUACGCUACGGUAGCCGUCUGUCUGCCUGCAAGGGUUUGCUGCUGGAAUACUCGAAGAGCACAACCAUUCAUGGCAUACGCUAUAUAUUUGAAGUGCAUCGUCCCAUCUAUGAAAAAUUAUAUUGGCUGAUAUUGACCUGCACAUCCGUUUACUUUGCCGUCUCGCUUAUAUGGGCGACCUAUUUGAAGUGGCAGGACUCGCCGGUUAUAUUGGGUUUCGAUGAGACGCUGGUGCCGGUGCAUAAGAUACCCUUUCCCACUAUAACCAUCUGCCCGGAGAUCAAAAUGGAGCGCAACGUGUUCGACUAUGCCAACAUAUCCGAUGAAAUCUGGCGAACAUAUCAGGAAACGAACGAUUUAUCUGGCAUAGAUGAAAUCGACCUGGAGCGCAUGGCGGCCACGUUGCAUAUAUGCGAUGCGGAUGUGGCUGCCAAGUUUGCGCCCUUGUUGGCAAAGCUGAGCAGCCUGCAGGCGCUGGAUGUGCCAGAGACCUUGGUCGAUUUGAGUUUGUCGAAAAAUCUAACGGGGCCGUUUUGCAAGUGGAGCGGACGUUUCUAUUUCUGCGAUAAGCUGUUCGAUUUUGUGGCCACGGAUGAAGGCAUUUGCUAUCAAUUCAAUGGACUGCGACCCAAGGACAUUUAUCGUGAUGAGCGUUACAUUAGCUACGUCGAUCCGGAUGUAGUUGAUUUCCAAAACUAUUUCGAUGUCGAUCUGGAUCGACUCGAUAACAUUACAGGCAGCUGGUCACUGGACGAGGGUUUUGUCAAUCAAUCCUCCAAUUCUUAUCCACAGCGCACGGUCAUCUCAUCGGCUCGCAAUGGCUUCUUCGCCUUUCUGCAGGGCAUGGAGCAUAACUAUGACUACGACUGUCGCAGGUUCAAGCAAGGAUAUAAGGUGUUUCUCAACUCUCCGGAGAGCGUGCCGCUCACCUCUGGCAAUUACAUAUUGGUGCCCCAUGGCAAUGAAGUCAUCGUUAGUGUGCUGCCCAACUAUGUCGUGUCCACGGAUAAUUUGCGUGAAAUUAGCUCAGACAAACGUCAGUGCUACUUCGAUGAUGAGCGUGAUCUGCAAUAUUUCCGCAGCUAUUCGCAGAGCAAUUGCCAAACGGAAUGUCUGGCCAACUUUACUAUGAACCGAUGUGGCUGCGUCAAGUUCUGGAUGCCCAAGCCUUUCCAUGUGCCUGUCUGUGGUGUAGACAGCAUUGCUUGCUACACGGCGGCGCAGGAUGAGCUAUAUAUGCUGCUGCAGAAUCAGACCAUGCAGCAGAGCAUUGACCCAACUGCUCCCAUCAUGUGCGAUUGCAUGCCCGCCUGCACCUCACUGGAGUACAACUUUGAAAUCUCACGUGCCGUCUACGAUAUUGAGAAAACGAUUACCGCACUGCGUGAAGUCUACGAAGUUACUGAUGUCAUUGGCUCACGUCUCACUGUUUAUUUCAAGGAGCAACAGUUCACUGCUAUAAAGCGCACAAUUCUCUUUGGCGUCUCCACUUUGAUUUCCAAUUGCGGCGGCAUCUUUGGCUUGUUCAUGGGCAUCUCCAGUUUGAGCUUCAUUGAGCUGGUUUAUUUCUUCUGCAUGCGCAUCUGUGGCAGUUGCAAGCAGCGACGCAAGCGCAAGGGCAAGCAGCUGUUUACACAUGAGCAAUUGGAAUAAAAGUCCUAGCGAUUGUCCAACAAAUUUAAAAAGAAAUUGUUAAAGUGUGUUUAUCAUAAAUUCAAUCAUUUAUAUGUCGCAAAUAUCUUGAAAGCCUUACAUUUGAUUAAAGUC